AUGGGCAGCAACGAAGAACAUCCGAUUCAAAUUGGCAUUGCAAAUGAAUACAAGCAAGACACCAGUACGGAGCAGGACGACAAUAGCCAUGACCUAACCGUACUACAUCAAGGAACGCAAAGCGAGAAUAUAGUUCUCUUAACCGGAGUGGCGCGGAUAUGGAAUAUGAAACGUCAACAAUGGCAACCGGGUAAAAUCCUUUUCGACACGGGCGCGGAUCAUUCGUUUGUCAGCCAGAAUUUGACGGAAGAUCUGGGACUAGGAUUCAUAGAGGUACGCAAUCUAGAAAUGUAUACCUUCAAAAGGAAAGAAAAAUAA